AUGUUGCAAUACCUCGCGGCACGCGCCGCCAAGAGCGACAGCAUCAUUGGUGGCUCUGACCCCACUACAUUCGAGACCUCGAAUCCACUUCGGCUCUUCAUCAUUCAGGCCGCCCUCAUCAUCAUUGUUACUCGUGCCCUCGGUUUCGCCCUCCAGAAGAUCAAGCAGCCUCGUGUCAUUGCCGAAGUCAUUGGCGGUAUCUUGCUCGGCCCAACUGCUAUGGGUCGCAUUCCCGGCUUCACCGAGCACAUCUUCCCCUCACCUUCUCUGCCCUAUCUCAACCUUGUCUCCACACUCGGUCUCGUCCUUUUCCUCUUCCUCGUCGGUCUUGAAGUCGAUGUCCGUGUAAUCCGACGCUGUGCCAAAGAGUCGUCUGCCAUCAGUCUUGCCGGCAUGAUCCUGCCCUUUGGCAUGGGUGCUGCCGUCUCGGUUGGCAUCUACAACGCCUUCAUCGACAGCGAAAAGGUCUCCUUCGGCCACUUCACCCUCUUUACUGGAGUCGCCAUGGCUAUCACCGCCUUCCCAGUGCUUGCUCGUAUCCUCACCGAGACCAAGCUUCUCUACACCAAGGUCGGUGUUAUCGUGCUUGCCGCAGGUGUCGGUAACGACGUCGUUGGCUGGAUCUUGCUCGCCUUGACUGUUGCCCUCGUCAAUGCCGACUCGGGCUUGACCGCUCUCUACAUCCUCCUCUCUUCCAUCGCUUGGAUCCUUGUCCUCUUUUUCCUCAUCAAGCCUGCCUUUAUCUGGCUUGCUCGCCGUACCGGCAGCUUCGAGAACGGUCCCAAUCAGGUCAUGAUCAUGAUCACUCUCCUUCUCGUCCUUGUCAGUGCCUGGAUCACCGACAUUAUCGGCGUUCAUGCCAUCUUUGGCUCCUUCCUCGUCGGCCUCAUGAUCCCACACCAAGGUGGCUAUGCCAUCGCUCUCACCGAAAAGAUGGAGGAUCUCGUCCUUGUCAUCUUCUUGCCCAUCUACUUUGCCCUUUCUGGUCUUAAGACCAACCUUGGUGAUCUCAACUCGGGCAAGGCGUGGGCUUACACCAUAGCCAUCAUUGUCAUUGCCUUCUUCUCCAAGUUCCUUGGUUGUGCUGCUGCUGCCAAGGCAUUUGGCCUUAACAUGCGCGAGUCCGCUGCUGUCGGCACUCUCAUGUCAUGCAAGGGUCUCGUCGAGCUUAUUGUGCUCAACAUCGGUCUCUCCGCUGGUAUCUUGGACACUCGAGUCUUUUCCAUGUUCGUGCUCAUGGCCGUCGUGUCCACCAUUAUCACCACUCCUCUUACGCUCUGGGUCUAUCCUGAAAGCAUCCGCACCAGCCUCGACGAUGCCUCGAUCCACUCGCACCACGGCGGUGACAAGCGCGUAUCGGGCGACGAGGAAGAUGACACCGAGACUGGCUCACGUCUUUCGCCCAAACGCCUCCUUGUGGUUCUUAGCAGUUUCGAGCAUCUUCCCGGUCUCAUGACUCUGGUUCAGCUUAUGCAACCCACUCUUGCUGCGGCAAACACCGGCUCCGCUGACGCAUCUGAAAGCGAUGCUGCAUCGACUGGUCUGCGCCGCCGUCAAUCUAAGCAGGCUUCUUCUGGAUCGGAAGGCGAUGCAGCCGAGAAAAGCGAUGCAGCCGAGAAAGGCGACGAGACUCAUCCGUCCGUCGAGGGCGCUGACAAUGCUCAGUACCAGACACCUAUGCUCGCAUCCGAUGCUCCAUUCGCAUCCGUGCUUGCUGCUCGCUCUCAAGCCCAGAUCAGUAUCGACGCCUUGCGUCUCGUCGAGCUCACCGACCGAACAUCGGCUGUCAUGAAGGUCUCCGAGUCCGAAGAUACUAUGCGAGCCGAUCCCAUCAUCAACGUCUUCCAGACCUUCGCCCAUCUCAAUGGCUUGCCCAUUCAGUCAACCAUGUCGGUCAUCCCUCAGGAAGAGUUCGCUACCGCUGUCACACGUCGUUGCAAGGCGACUGGUUCCAACUUUAUCAUCUUGCCCAUGACCUUGUCGCAGACACCUUCCAGCAAUGCUGGUGGAAACAGCGAGGAUGCGCCUGUUGCUGGUCCUUCUUCGCCUUUGCCUGCUACGCUCGCCAACCCGCUUGAGAACCUGUUUGGAGGUGGUUGGGCUUCUACUCCCUCUGAGGGUCUGAGAGGCAAAUACUCAGCCCAGCACUUCAACGUUGUACGCAAGAUCAUCCAGACCGCCGAGACCGACGUCGGUCUGCUCAUCGAGCGUAAGGCUGCACAUAGUCACAAUAGACAGUCUGGUCUUCUCUCCCGUGUCGGUGGCCAACCUAUCCUCCUCGCCUUUAUGGGAGGUCCUGACGACCGAGCAGCCCUCGACCUGGUCGCUCGUCUCUGCGCUAACAAUCGCAACCUCUCCGUCCUCGUCGUCCGCAUGAGCCGUAUCUCGUCCGAAGAAGCUGGCGAGGAUCAACUGCCAACCGUUCCUCCCACCGUCCACCACGAUCUGAGUCUCAACUAUGCUCAGCAAGCAGCACUCCGUGCAGGCGGUAGUAACAUGGACACCGUCUACCAAACUCAGCAUGGCGGUGGUCGUGGUGGCGCUCCCCUGCAGUCUGCGCUCGAGGCCACGCUGGAGGAUGAUUUGGCUUUGCAGAGGAUCCAAGAUCAGAUCACAGCAGAAAGGUUCAAUGGUCGAUUGACCAUCCAGAAUGUCAACACCGCCCGUCCGCUCCGCGAGUUGAUCAACAUGGUCGAGACUAACCAGCCCACCAUUGUCGUCGUAGGUCGUGGUCGCAGAAACCCAACCCAGACACAUCGCGAUGAACUCAAAGCUCUCAUUCAGAAACAUCACUCAGCUGACGCAGUCGAACGGCAGCUCAACAGUGAAAUCACCAAAGUCAUCGGUGAAUCCGCCACCGCACUCACAUUCGCCAACGCUUCCGCUAGCACACUAGUCAUUGCUGCUGGUUUCAACAUCUCUCGUCGCUCCUAA